GUUUAGUCUAAUGUUGAACACAGCAAGGGUUUGUGUCCAGUGAAGCUGUAAAAAAGGGAAAACGGAGCAGGAUGUGGGUGCUCCUUUUCUUUUGUGUUCUGGGACUCUGCCUGACACAGGUUCAUGGAGUAGAUUCGUUGUUACAUACAAACUCCACUCAGAUGCACUACAUGACUCUGGUCAUUGACGAAAAAGCCUUCAACAACGUCUCUGAGAAUCUUCUGCACCAAGAUUAUUUCUUUGACAGUUUCACCCUCAACUCUCUGAAUCAUACUACAGAGUGUGACUGGUUUAACCAGAUCUCGGGUAAAAAGAACUGUCGCUGUAUGGAGGGAUACAAAUGGAGAGAUGAGACCUGCCUCUCUCAGCCUCAGUGCUGUGGAACCAACAAGUGUGACAACCCCCCGGACAUCUGCACCUCCAGUAAAACAGUAAAUAUCAGGGGAUCUCUUGUACUCGACUCGCAAUUUUACAUUCAAUGUUUGGAUACUCCCUCCUCGGACAAAUACGAGGAAUGCCACAAAAAUGUCACCAAAGAGAUUCAAACAUAUUAUAGUCGCAUUUAUGGAUUUGACAGCCUGAAAAUCAUCAGAUACAGGCCGGGGAGUGUGAUAGUGGAAUUUCAGGUGGUGAUUGCUGAGCCUGUGGAACCUUCAAUUCUCCAAGACACAUCUAUGAAUUUGACCAAGUUUCUGUCCGCUAAACUUGAUCUGCAGACUACAGGUGUAGUUCGCCUGUCAGUGCCUAAGAGAAUCUUGGACUAUGGAUCCAGUGCGACCCUGAACUGCACCUCCACCACUGACCUGAGGGCGAUGCCAUCCUGGAACCUCACAAACUACAUGAACCAAACCAAAAAAAUUCACAAUGGGACUGAGUCCAACAUCAUCUCCAGCGCUAUGGGGAGCACCGUCAAGCUGUCCUCCGUCUCUCAGCUCUGGAAAGGCUGGUACAGCUGCAGUUUCAUACAGAACGAAAAUCAGCUGAACAUCCACCACACGGCUGUAGCACACGUGGAUAUCUGUGUGAAGCCAAAGAUCACGAUCAGGACCAACCCGGGUUUUCCUUUCUGUAAUAGCAGCAACGGCUUAAACGAAGUCACCAUCAGCUGUGAAGUUGAGCAGAACUAUGAAACGUACAAUGUGUCCUGGGAAAAAGAGAACACUACAAGCAUUACACCACUGCCACACUCCAGUGAUGCCGGAAUGGAUAUCUUCAGCGUCAUCACACAUGUGAGCUGUAGCUCUAUAAACCCUCAAGUCACUUGUACGUUAAUAAACAGGUGCGGACAGGAGACGGAAGCUUCCAUUAACAUCAAGCUCAUCAAAGUGGGGGAUCCUCACUGCUCUGAGGAGAAGGGCAGUGAUUGGAAGCCGACCCCGGUGGAGCAUAUGGCAGAGAUAAAGUGCUCUGGGUCUGUGGGCACCAAACAACGUUACUGUAACAAAGACGAGACCUGGGGCGAGGAGACGUCCCUCUGUGUGAACCCGGAGCUGCACAGUGUCCUGAACGAUGCCGGAACAUCAGACAUUGGGCUGGGGGCUCUGCAGGACAACGCUGCAAAUGUGUUUGAUAGGCUUCAUUCUAUAACCACAGAGGACUCGUCAGGGAUCAAGACCGUGGCCAACCUCAAUACCUCUGUGAUGGUCAUAAACACCAUGAACAGCAAACUGGAAUCCAUCGACAGAAACACCGUCGUCAGUGAUUUCCUGAAAACCUCCAGUAACCUUUUGAAUGAGUCUCUGGCACAUUCUUGGACAUCUGUACAAAAAAUUGAAAACAGUAAGAAAAGUUUAGCAGAGAUGUUCUUGUUCUCUGUGGAGGAACUCAUUAACAAAGCUGGAAUGAACGAGCAGGGGACGUUCCAAAAUCUUCAAGUUGUCAGCUGCAUUUUAUCCAAAUCAGAAUGCGUCAAUAAAGUUUUUAACAACACUGUGACGAUGAAAGGAGCGUCUAUCAAAACCACCGGAUUUCAACAUCUUGAAAAGUAUUUAUCGAACAAUAGCAGCUAUAUUCCUAACAGCAUUGUUGUUUCCACCACCAGGCAGUUAGACACGGACCAGAAACAAGAACCAGUUACAAUCCAAAUCAAAUUCAGUCUCUCCAAAUCUCGACCGCGUAACUUCGAACUGAAAUGCUCUUACAGGGACAAAAAUGCUAGCGACUGGUCUCAAGACGGCUGCAAGUGGAUUAGCGAUUCCACCUGCGAGUGCAAUCACCUGUCCUCGUUUGUGAUCUUGAUGUCGAAGACUAAGCUAGAAGUGCCAUACCUUACCGAAGUCUCAUACGUAGGGCUCUCCGUGUCCAUAGUUUGUCUCAUCAUUUGUCUCGUGGUAGAGUUGAUCAUUUGGCAUGACGUCGUGAAAACAGAUACGCUGCAUUUACGGCACUGCGCUCACGUUAACAUCUCCCUGUGCUUGCUCAUCGGAGAUAUCUGCUUCCUGGCUUCGGCCUUGCCUGAAGAACUUAACGAAGUGUGGUGUAAAACCUUUGUGGUAGUUGAACAUUUUUGCUAUCUCGCCAUGUUCUUUUGGAUGUUCUGUCUCAGCAGCAUUCUCCUACACAAAACAGUUUACGUUUCUUUGCAUGGCAUUGGUAAAACUGCCUAUUUGAGAUACUCCAUGGUCGUGGGCUAUGUUUGUCCUUUGCUAAUUGUCGUGAUUACGUUUCUCGCCAACAACGGUGCGGAGGGGCAGUACUACUCGAAGGAAACGCGCUGGCUGGUCUACAACGGCGUUUUGAAAGGCUCCAUCUUCACGUUCAUUCUGCCCAUCGGGACCAUCGUGUUCAUAAAUAUGUUUUUCAUGUGUCUCGUGAUCAUGAAGUUGCUGCAGCCCAUAAAAGCACAGCAGAUGUUGGAGGAUAAGGAUAAGAAUUCAGCCAAAACAGUGAUCCGGUCUGUAAUCCUCCUGACUCCGGUGUUUGGACUCACCUGGGGACUGGGGUUUCUGAUGAUCAUCUUUGACCUCAGCAAUGGGUUUCCGGCGUACGCGAUCCACUACCUGUUCACCAUCAUGAAUGCGUUUCAGGGUCUGUACAUCUUUAUCACUACAUGUGUGGCUGACAAAAUGGUGCGCGAGGGGCUGUUAAGAUAUAUCAGGAAGAAAACGACGGGUGUUUCAUCUUUCUCUUCAAACUCCUCUGUGGACCAAUCAUCUAUCAAGAAGCCAUCCCAGAACUAAAAGGUUCAUGGAGCAGAGUUAUGGUUAAGGUUAAGGUCAGGGAAAUGUUGAAAGGUCCUGGAAUACUCAAGAUGAACUCGUGUGGAUUUUUUUAUUAUUAUUUUAUAUUAUUAGUCUGUCUACAUCUCCAAAGCUCAAAAUGCUCUGUUCCACCUUGUGAUGUCAUGAAGCAGUAGUUUAAAAAUGAACAGCUCUUUUUACUUUUAGGUCAGCAGAGAUUGUCAGUCCAAGGUCUGAAAUGAUCCAAAUGAUUCUAGUGAAGGUGCAUGGAGUUUAAAUACAAUGAAGCACUUCCUGUAUCACCACAUGACAUCACAGGGUGGAACAGCACGUUUUCUGUUUGAGAGAAGAACUCAACCUAAAUAUGCAGGUUUGGGAGUUAAACAUGUGUGAAUGAAACAACUCCAGGUCUGUUUUUGCCAAACAAACGUGAACAUGGUGAUGUAAAUAUGUUAUGUGUUUGCAAUUAAAACAGCAUAAAAGUAAAAUCCUCCUUCUUGAAAUGUAGGAUAAGAAUACUGCUCUGGCUGAGUGCAGGUUUAAGUCUUCAGCAUUUAAAUCAGGGGUGUCACACUCAUUUUGGUC